AAUAUGGCGGCGGACAUGAGUGCACAUGGUCCCGACCUCGCAACGACUGCUGUAAGCCCAGAUAAUGUGGUUUCAUUUGUUAACUCUGAUGCCACCAAGAAGCAGAACAAAAAUCUUAAAAGAUGGAGACCGUUUGUCAAAGUAUCUUACGAUUCUGGAAGUGAUGCUGAUGUAGAAAGUGACGAAGAUCGCACAGAGAAAGGCACUUCAUCAAAGACGACAAGCACAAGAAUCUCCAGGAAGAGGCAGAAGCUGGAAGGAGCCUCCCCACCUGCAUCGCCGGCAUCAGAGCACCCCGACAGCGAUGGGGAGAGCAGAGACUCGGAAGAGGACCCAGAGGGGGAGGAGGAACCCAGGGUCCCAGGGGCUGGAUGGGCAGACGCCAUGGCUAAGAUCUUGCAGCGGGACGUCCCUGGGGAGCUAGGCUCAGCCGUCUUGGCAAAGUCCAAAGAUUACCAGAAGGCCAAGCAGCUUGAGGAGGUGGAAUACGCAGAGAGGCGGAAAGAGAAAGAGAUGAAGGAUCAGUGGGAAAAUAUGGGCAGGGUGAAACCCAGGGUGACUGACAAAGAGCUGGAGAGAAAACUACAGAGAAUAGCUACUAGGGGGGUUGUUCAACUCUUCAAUGCUGUCAAGAAACAGCAGAAGAAAUUCAGGGAGAAGCCGGAGACGGCGGGGUCAGAGAGGAAGCACGCCGAGGUGAAGUCCUCGGUUAGUAAAGGGGACUUUCUGGACCUCCUCAAAGCCACACCUGUCAUCAGUAACAGAAAUGCCAGUCAGAAUAAGCAAGCCGGGGACAAGCCAGCCAAUAAGAAACCUGCUUGGAGUGUGUUGCGGGAUGACUUCAUGAUGGGGGCGACCAUGAAGGACUGGGACAAACAGAGUGACAGUGGGAGUGAGGAACCUGGUGGCGGCGACAGUGAGGGGAAUUCGUUCUCGGACUCUGACUGAUUCAGUGAAAGGAGACCAAGAUUAACCCCCCAACUUCCUAGUCAGUGUGUCUCAGGGCACUUGCUGUAUGCAAGCCCAUCGUAGCUGAAAUGAAACCCCCUCGAAUGGAACAGUGCAUUUUGUGGGACUGUGAUGGUCCAGAUGAACACCAACCUUGGCAGUAAACAGUCAUUACUGUAUUCCUUUUCAUUUGUGUUGCUGCUUUAUUCAGCAGUUCACAACAACUUUCCAUCUCUGUUACAUUUUUUGGCAUUUAUAGCUCCAUUAGGGUCAUAACAAUUGAAAAAAGACAAAGGACAGGUGGUAGGAAUAGUGGUAAGAGGCUUGAGUCAUGUUUGAAGUGGAUAUUUUACGGAUGGUAUUACAUUCAAAUUCAAGAUUAAACUCCACUGGCGUAAUUUCCCCGCAAGUGUGGCUCGCUGUGCAUACAGCUGUGCUGCUGAAUCUCUUAGUUGGGUCAUUCCUGUAACAUGUAUGCCAUAUUAUGGCAGCAUCUGCAGCAAGCUAUGUAACUUUUAGAAAAAGCUGGUGAGCCAUUUCUAAUAACUCCAAAUUAAUGUGUUUGCCAGGAAAUUUGAUGAACCUUCCCCAAGCAAGGAGUGCCACAUGGUGCAUACCCUCAAAAUGUUUAGGUUCAAAAUGCUUCCUGAAAGCUUCCCAAAAUGCUUUCUGAAAGGACAUUUUGUCUAGGCUGAUUCCUUUCUGCUUCCCAAUCUAGCGGUAUGGCGAAGUCAGGGCACCAGUGUACCAGUGUUUAAUUAUUUAUACACUGUUGGUUUGUUCAUUCAUCCAUGAUCAUGACUCUAUUAAUAAAUCACCCCCUCCCCCACGGAUUGGCCUUUCCACAGAAACAUACACCCAAAGCUGAAUGUGAGAUAAAAGUACAAUGCUCUUUUUUUCAAAGAGAUUAUGAGCUGCCUAUUUUUUUGUGUAUUUCACAAUGACCUCUUCAUUGUCUGGAUGGGGAAAUUUCCAAUAUAACAUCAAAUAACAGCUGUUGACCCAAUAAUAAACUGCCAAGUUAAGGCAAUAAAGUAAGUUUAAUUUCAUUCAAUUUCAUUCAAA